CGCUUGCCUGCUGUCAGUCAAACGACAAGUUCCAUGUUCGUCCUAACCAAACUUAUUAACCGUGUGUUGUUUUGAGUGUGUUGUGAGGAGGUUUUGCCGGUGAAAACAGUGCUUCUGCAACUCAUUUAAUAAUCUGCAAUUAAGAUGCCGCCAAAAAAAGUUCAAGAACCGGAGCGGAAGCCGAUGAUUGGACGUGUUGGUACCAAUCUGAAAGUGGGCAUCGUCGGAGUACCGAACGUUGGAAAGUCUACAUUUUUCAAUGUACUAACCAAAAGUUCGGCGCCGGCAGAGAACUUCCCUUUCUGCACCAUCGAUCCCAAUGAAAGUAGGGUUCCUGUUCCGGAUGACAGAUUUGACUAUCUUUGCGAAUACUUCAAGCCAUUAAGCAAAGUUCCCGCGUUCCUCAACAUAGUGGAUAUUGCCGGUUUGGUAAAGGGCGCCUCUGAAGGGCAAGGUUUGGGAAAUGCCUUUCUUUCGCACAUCAGCGCUUGUGAUGCAAUUUUCCACCUUUGUCGCGCAUUUGAGGAUGACGACGUGACCCAUGUAGAAGGAGAAGUGAACCCAGUGCGCGAUUUGGACAUUAUCGCUGAAGAAUUGAGAUUAAAGGACGAGGACAGUUUGAUGAAGCAUUUGGAGAAGUUGGAGCGGACCGUUUUGCGCGGUUCUGAUAAAAAGCAGAAACCCGACUACGACGCCCUCUCUAAGGUGAAAACUAUUCUAGUGGAUGAGAAGAAGCACAUUCGAUUUGGCGACUGGGAUUCUAAAGAGAUUGAAGUUCUAAACCGCUACCUCUUCCUAACAUCGAAACCUUGCAUUUAUUUAGUGAAUUUAGCCGAAAAAGACUACAUCAAGAAGAAGAACAAGUGGUUGAUAAAAAUCAAGGAAUGGGUUGACAAGAACGAUCCAGGAUCUUUAAUCAUCCCGUUUUCUGGCGCAUUUGAGCAUAAGUUGGUUGAUGAAUUUGAUGACCCCAUUUUGCGGAAGAAGCACCUGGAAGAAGUGGGAGUUCCCAGUGCUCUGGAUAAGAUAAUUGUUCAAGGAUACAAAGCCUUGCAGUUAGAAUAUUUCUUCACUGCUGGGGCCGACGAAGUGAAAGCGUGGACUAUUCAGAAAGGGACGAAAGCUCCACAGGCAGCAGGUAGAAUUCACACGGACUUUGAAAAAGGAUUUAUCAUGGCGGAGGUGAUGAAAUUUCAGGAUUUCAAAGAAGAGGGCUCUGAAGCUGCCUGUAAGGGAGCUGGAAAGUACAGACAGCAAGGGCGUAAUUAUGUGGUGGAGGAUGGCGACAUUAUUUUCUUCAAAUUCAACGCUGGCGCCGGUUUGAAAGACGCGAAGAAAAAAUGAUCGACACUACUCCCCAUAACCAUGUGUGUUAUGGCUUAUCUAUACAUGAACAUGAUUUUCUUUUUUGCAAGUAUCAAAUGUUAAUUUAUUCAUCUUGCCGCUGCAGUUUGUAUGGUUUGUUCAGCAGCAGCAACUAAUCGUUUUUUUCUUUGAAAAUGCCCGUUUUUCGUGCAUUGAUAGCAGAUUGAUAACAGUAACCACUCAUUAAACUAAUUAAUGCAUA